AUGGCGGCGCCCCUGCUGAGCGCGGCGCUUCGCGGGGCUCGCGGCGGGCGGAGCUUUGGCACGGCCGCUGUGCUCUGGAAGAGGGCAGCCCCACUGGGGCCGAUGCCCAACGAGGAUUUGGACAUCGGGAACCUGGAGGCGCUGGAGAGGUACCGCAGCUUCACACGGUACUUCCGGCAGGCGGAGCGGGAGAGCCGGAAACCGAAAUGGUGGAACACCUACCACAAACACACCAACCCCCCUGCAGAGCCCCAGACAGACAUUGGUCUGCCACGUGAAAGGCUGUCACGGGCAAAGGAGCUCAAGGAAAGAAAGAAGAUCCUGAGGGAGAACCGCCAGAACGCUGAGAUGGAACGAGCGGCGCGGCUCCGGACUGUGCUCAUUCCCCUCGAGGAUGUCAGGGCUGAGUGGGAGAGGACCAGUGGCCCGUUCCACAAGCAGCGUGUGGCCAAGCACUGCGGAGUGUUCCGGGACCUGUUCAAGGGGGCCACCUUCACCCCCUGGGUCGCCCUGAGGGUGCAGUACAGCCAGGAGGAUGAGCACCUCGUGCCAGUCUACUAUGGGAACAUGGUGACUCCAUCAGAGGCUUCCAAUCCCCCUGCAGUGUCAUACGAGGCAGACAAAGGCUCCCUCUGGACCUUGUUACUCACAAAUCCAGAUGGACAUUUGAGGGAUGCAGACUCUGAGUACCUCCACUGGCUGGUGACCAACAUCCCAGGCAGUGACAUCAAGGCUGGUAAGGAGAUGUGCCAUUACUUGCCCCCCUUCCCUGCCGUGGGGACAGGCUACCACCGCUUCAUCUUCCUGCUCUUCAAGCAACACGGCCCCAUUGACUUCAGCCAGGAUGCUCGGCCGACACCGUGCUACAGCCUGAAGAUGAGAACCUUUAGCACAUUUGACUUCUACAGAAAGCAUAAGGAUGCCAUGACCCCAGCAGGGCUGGCAUUUUUCCAGUGUCAGUGGGACAGCUCUGUCACUUCCACCUUCCAUCAGCUACUCAACAUGAGGGAGCCCGUGUUCGAGUUUGUGCGGCCGCCCACCUACCACCCUCCCCAGGUGAAGUUCCCUCGCCACCAGCCCCUGAGGUACCUGGACAGGUACCGAGACACGGAGGAGCCCACCUAUGGCAUUUACUAGGAGCUGUUGCCCUCUGUUUCUGUGGGAUGCUGGCUCCUGGAUUUCCUGUGCUCAGUGCCUCAGGAGAGAAAUGACAGUCUCAGCCCCUCAGCUCCCAGUUCGCUUGUGCUGGGAGCUGGCAUUGGGUGCUCACAGGGCUGGCAGCUGCGUGGUCAAGAGGCUGCUUAACAAGAACAUUCAAAAUUAAUCCAUGGCCAGGGUGAAACCUUGCUCCUGAUUCUGCAGCAGAGCUGAGCAGUGGCUGGCAGGUUGCAUCUCCCCAGAGAUGCUCUGCCUUGCUUCCCUGCAAGGAUCACAGAUCUCCUUUUGCCUGUUUAUGGAGCAAACGGAGCCGGACCAGCCUGGAUUUCCUCCUCUCACAGUGCUGCAGUUCAGGACUGUGUCAGAUUUUAUUUGUGCAGUCCUCCUGGAGAGAUGAGUUUGAUUAAACACUCUCUGAGCAGU